AUGGGGUCCCCGCAGGACGGCGCCUACCUCCUCCUGAGCCAGCACGCCAGCGGCUUCAUGGUCUCCCAGGUCCUCUUUGCCGCCUGCGAGCUGGGCGUGUUCGACCUCCUGGCCGAGACCCCGGGACCCCUGGAUGCAGCGGCCAUCGCCGAAGGUCUGGGCACCAGCUUCCAGGGGACGGAGCGGCUGCUGGAAGCCUGUGUACCUCUGCAGUUGCUGGACGUGGACACCCGCGGGGGAAGAGCCGUCUACCGGAACUCGGGCCUGGCCAGCGCCUUCCUGACGCGCCGCGGGCCGCGCUCGCAGCGCCACAUGCUGCUCUACCUGGGCCGGACCACCUACCACUGCUGGGCCCACCUGGCCGAGGCCGUCAGGCAGGGCGGGAACCAGUAUCCGCGGGCGUUCGGCGUCGCGGCGGGGGACCUGUGGGCGGCCAUCUACAGGUCCCCGGGCGAGCGGCGGCAGUUCACGCGAGGCCUGCAGGAGGUCUGGAGCGUGGAGGGGAGGGCCGUGUUGACCGCCUUUGACCUGUCCGCCUUCCCUCGCAUCUGCGACCUGGGCGGGGACUUCUUCCAGGACCCUCUUCCGGAGGCGGAUCUCUACAUCCUGGCCAGGGUCCUGCACGACUGGGCGGAGGACAAGUGCUCCCAGCUGCUGGCCAGGGUCCACCAGGCCUGCAGGCCCGGCGGCGGGGUCCUGGUGGUGGAGAGCCUGCUGGACGAGGACCGGCGGGGCCCGCUGACCACGCUGCUCUUCUCCCUGAACAUGCUGGUGCAGGCGGAGGGCCAGGAGCGGACGCCCUCCCAGUACCGCCGGCUCCUGGCGGCUGCGGGUUUCCCGCGCUUCCGGUUCCAGAAGACGGGCGGCACCUACGACGCCGUCUUAGCCGGGAAGUAG